AUGCAACGGACCAGCACCAACGGGGCCACGGGGCUCGGGGGCGGCUGGACGGCCCCCCUCGACCUCGGGCGCUUCUUGCCGGCCUCAGAGGCCACCGACACCGACGAGUACAUUUCCGAGGACCCCGCGGAGCGAGAAGAGCGCAUCAAUGAAGAUAUUCACCGGCUUGCCCGUCAGCUCACUUCGCAAUCCCAUGGAGCUCCCGGCGCCCUCUUCCCCGUUCCCGCCGAUGGACCCUUAAAUCCCGAGAGCCCAGACUUCAACGCGAGAAAGUGGGCAAAGGCCUUUUACAACCUCCGCAAGGAUGCGCUGGAAGGCAACUCCCCCAAGACGACAGGCGUCGCCUUUAAGAACCUCAGCGCGUACGGGUUCGGCACCGAGACCGACUUCCAAAAGAGCGUCGGCAACAUCUUCCUCGAGGCCGGCACCAUUCUCAAAAAGUUUGUCCGCGGGAGCACCCGGCGCAUAGACAUCUUGAGGGACCUUGAGGGCGUGGUUACCGAAGGCGAAAUGGUCGCGGUCCUGGGCCCCCCUGGCUCUGGCUGCUCGACCUUUCUCAAGACCAUCGCCGGGGAGACACACGGCUUUCACAUCUCCAAUAACGCGACGAUAAACUAUGAAGGAAUCAAACCCAAGCAAAUGAAGUCUGCGUUCCGCGGCGAAGCCAUCUACGCUGCCGAGGUCGACGAGCACUUUCCGUAUCUCACCGUCGGCGACACCCUCGCCUUUGCCGCCUGGGCGCGCUGCCCCAAGACCAUCCCCGACGGCGUCUCGCAACGGGAGUACAUCGAGCAUGUCCGUGAUGUCACCAUGAACAUCCUAGGAAUAUCGCAUACGAAGAACACGCGCGUCGGCAACGACUUUGUCCGCGGCGUGAGCGGCGGCGAGAGGAAGCGCGUCACCAUUGCCGAGGCCGCUCUCAGCUACUCGCCCCUCCAGUGCUGGGAUAACAGCACGCGAGGUCUGGACAGCGCCAACGCCAUCGAGUUCUGCAAAACGCUGCGGACCCAGGCCGAUGUUAUGGGGACCACAUCAUUCGUCGCCAUCUAUCAAGCGCCCCAAGCCGCCUAUGACCUCUUUGACAAGGUCAUGGUCCUUUACGAAGGAAGGCAAAUCUUCUUUGGCAAGGCAACUGAUGCCAGGGCCUACUUUGAGGACCUCGGCUUCGAGUGCCCCGAGCAGCAGACGACCGCGGACUUCUUGACCUCCAUGACCAGCGCCUCCGAGCGUGUAAUCCGGUCCGGCUCGGAAGGGAAAACGCCUCGAUCCCCCGACGAGUUUGCGGCAGCCUGGAAGGAGAGCAAGUCCCGGGCGCGUGUCCUUUCCGAAUGCGACGACUAUAUGGCCGCCCACCCUUUCAACAGCGAGGAUCUCGAGGAGUUCUCCGCGACCCGAGCCAUGCUCAAGUCUCCCUCGCAGCGCCUCAAGUCGCCAUACACACUCUCCUAUAUCAAGCAGCUGAGAAUCAACAUGUGGCGAGCGUGGGUCAUGUUGAAGACGGACCCGAGCAUGACACUUACCAUGCUCAUCACCAACACAUUCGAAGCCCUCAUCAUCAGCAGCAUUUUCUACAACCUGCCCGCCAACACGAGCAGCUUUGACAAGCGCGGCCUGCUCAUUUUCUUUAUCAUCCUCAUGAACGCAUUCAGCAGUAUCCUCGAAAUCCUGACCCUCUACUCGAAGCGCAAGAUUGUCGAGAAGCACAGUCGCUACGCUCUCUACCACCCCAGCGCAGAGGCACUAGCCUCCAUUGUCGUCGACAUGCCCUACAAAAUCACCAACGCCAUCCUCAUGAACACCACUCUGUAUUUCAUGUGCAACCUGCGCAGAGAGCCAGGGCCGUUCUUCUUUUUCCUGCUCUUCAGCUUCACCACGACGCUCACCAUGUCCAUGUUCUUCCGCCUCAUCGGAUCGACGACAAAGUCCAUCGCCCAGGCGCUGGCGCCCGCGUCCAUCAUGUUGCUCGGGCUGGUGCUCUACACGGGAUUCACAAUCCCAGUGCAGUACAUGCGCGGCUGGAUCGGAUGGUGCCGAUGGGCCAACCCGAUCUACUACAGCCUCGAGUCCGCGACACUCAACGAGUUUGUCGGCCGCGACUUUCCCUGCUCGAGCUUUGUGCCCCAGGGACCGGGAUACGACGAUGCCCCUCUGAGCUCUCGCGCGUGUUCGGUUCAGGGCGCUGUCCCUGGUCAGGAGACGGUAUCUGGCGCAGCAUACCUCAAGGCGGCAUUCGAGUACGACAACUCGCAUCGAUGGCGCAACUUCGGAAUUCUCAUCGCUUUCCUCGUUGGCUACCUGGCUCUCCACUUGCUCGCCACUGAGUAUAUUGCCUCUGAGAGGUCCAAGGGCGAAGUCCUAGUCUUCAGUCACCGGGGCAUGAAGCGGCACAAGCGGCAGGCUGCGACCGGAGAGAAGUCAGACAUGGAGAAUGGCACGGUGUCCAAUGUCCACCAAGGCGCUGUCUCAACUGAUGACGAGGUGGCCAACGUUGAGAAGCAGACCUCCAUCUUCCAUUGGAAGAAUGUAUGCUACGACAUCAAGAUCAAGGGCAAUCCUCGACGCAUUCUCGACCACGUGGACGGCUGGGUAAAGCCGGGAACACUGACCGCUCUCAUGGGAGCCUCGGGAGCCGGAAAGACUACACUUCUGGACGUGCUCGCAAGCCGAGUCACAAUGGGAGUGGUCACAGGAGAGAUGCUUGUGGACGGCAAGCUGCGAGACGAGUCGUUCCAGAGAAAGACGGGCUACGUGCAGCAGCAAGAUCUUCACUUAGAGACGUCGACCGUACGAGAGGCCCUCACCUUUAGCGCCUUACUUCGCCAACCUCCCAAGUACACCCGCCAAGAGAAGAUCGACUACGUGGACACUGUGAUUAGCCUGCUGAACAUGGAGGAGUACGCCGAAGCCAUUAUCGGCGUGCCAGGCGAGGGUCUCAACGUCGAGCAACGAAAGCGUCUGACCAUCGGCGUCGAGCUCGCCGCGCGGCCUCAAUUACUGCUCUUCUUGGAUGAGCCGACCUCGGGCCUGGACAGUCAAACAUCAUGGUCUAUUCUCGAUCUCUUGGAAAAGCUCACCAACAACGGACAAGCAAUCCUCUGCACAAUCCACCAGCCAUCCGCCAUGCUCUUCCAACGCUUCAACCGACUCCUGUUACUCUCCAAGGGCCGCACAAUCUACUUUGGCGACGUCGGCAAGAACUCUCACAUCCUCGUGGACUACUUCACCCGCAACGGCGCAUCGCCGCUGCCGCAAGGGGCCAACCCGGCCGAGUACAUGCUCGAGGUUAUCGGAGCCGCUCCCGGCGCGCACACCGAUAUCGAUUGGCCUGAGGUCUGGCAGAACAGCCCUGAGCGAAGCAGCGUGCAAGCAGAGCUGGAGAAUCUGGCGUCUUUGCAAAAGUCGACAACUGCGCACGACGAGCCGUCUACCCACGGCGAGUUUGCGGCGUCUCGCAAGGAGCAGUUCCUGCAGGUGACGAAGCGAGUGUUCCAGCAGUACUGGCGCAGCCCAUCUUACAUCUACUCGAAGGCCCUCCUCGCCAUUGGUUCGACACUCUUCAUUGGGCUUUCGUUCAUCAACGGCGAAAACACCCAGCGCGGCCUCCGGAACCAGAUGUUCGGCGUGUACAUCUUCCUCAGCAUCUUCCCCCAGCUGGUCAACCAGAUCAUGCCCUUGUUCGUCUCUCAGCGUACCAUGUACGAGGCGCGCGAGAGACCGUCCAAGGCAUACUCGUGGAAGGCCUUUUUGGUUGCCAACAUUGUCGUCGAGAUAGUUUGGAACUCCCUCCUGGGCGUCUUCUGCUUCGUCUGCUGGUACUUCCCUAUCGGGCUGUACCGCAACGCGGAGUGGACCGACCAGGUCAACUCUCGAGGCAUCACCAUGUUCUUGCAAGUGUGGAUCUUUUUCAUCUUCACCAGCACCUUCGCAAACAUGAUCAUCGCGGCAAUCCAGACGGCUGAGGUGGCAGGAGGUAUCGUCAACUUGUUGAUGAUUAUGAUGUUUGCUUUUUGCGGUGUCCUCGCCGGGCCAACAGAUCUCCCCGGGUUCUGGAUCUUCAUGUACCGGGUCAACCCAUUUACGUACGUGUUGGAGGCCUUCCUGGGAACAAGUCUUGCGAACGCCCCGAUGCACUGCGAAAACAACGAAUACGUGCCCUUUGAAGCCCCCAACGGGUUGACCUGCGGCGAGUACAUGUCCGGCUUCAUCGACGCCGUGGGCGGAUCCCUUCGAGAUCCGAACGCUUCGAAUUGCGAAUACUGUGCCAUGUCCAACACCAACGAGUUCCUGGCGAGUAUUAAUAUCUACUGGAGCCACAGGUGGAGGAACUUCGGCUUCAUGUGGAUUUACUGUGUUUUCAACAUAGCGGCAGCGGUUCUGCUUUACUGGCUCUUCCGAGUGCCCAAGGGCAAGAAGUCCAAGAACGUAUAG